AUGCCAGCAAUUAAACAGUUCCCCACCCAACUGGCCCACACCCUUAAAACCCACAAUGGCCCCGUGAACGCUGUGACCUUCUCCAGCUAUCCUGGAACCUAUAUCCUCACCGGCUCGACAGAUCGUGCUAUUCACCUCUCCCGGGCUAUUCCCAACAAUAACAAUGCCUCUGCUGCGGAGACAACGUCCCCAAUCCAGAAGUAUGAGGCGCACGGGUACUCCGUGUUAGACAUUGCCGUCGCAGCAGACAACUCCCGGUUCGCCAGCGUUGGUGGAGACCGCCAGGUCUUUCUGUGGGAUGUCGAACAGGGAGGAACAAUCAGACGCUGGAGUGGACACAAUGCGCGCGUUGAGGCCGUCCAAUUCGCAGGCGAAGAUGACUCUGUAGUGGUGUCUGGCAGCGCAGACACAACUAUUAACAUCUGGGAUACCAAGUCCAACUCCUACAAGCCCAUCCAGACCCUCACCGAAGCCCGAGAUACCGUUUCCUCCUUACACGUGCACAUGCCCACAUACUCUAUCGCAAGUGCAAGCUACGACGGCCGAGUCCGAGUAUACGAUAUUAGAAUGGGACGCACCCUUGUCGAUGUUCUCGCACACCCUGUCACUAGUGUUCGCUGCUCUAAUGACGGCAAUGCUCUUUUAGCAUCUACAACAGACGGGCGCAUCCGAAUGCUGGACCGGAGCGACGGCAAACUAUUAAAGGCUUUCGGCGGCGACGAUGUCAGUUCGAGUCAGGGUAAUAGCAAUGCCACAUAUCGCAAAAGCGACCUUCGAAUUCGCUCUAUAUUCGCGAAAGCGGACGCCAUUGUCCUCAGCGGGAGUGCGGCAGAUGACUCCGGCAAUGGCAAUGGUGCUACACAGGCGUCCGUAUUCGCCUGGGAUGUGCUCAGUGGAGAAGUGGUCGCGUGUGUCCCAGCCGGACCAGGCGUCAAGGCCGUGAGUGCUGUAUCGUGGAAUGAAAAAGGAAAUUGCUGGGCUGGUGGUUGUUCAGAUGGAACCGUCAAAGUCUAUCGCUAA